GACUGGACUCUGAAAGGAAAGGGUGUGUUUCUACACAUCUACAACGAGUUUAAACAGAAAGAGAAACUUCAACUUCAGCAAGGCAGCUGAACUUCACAACUUGGGAAGACUGAUCAUGUCUCAGCAAGGGAAGGGAGAGGAGGGGACUGUUAAGAGGCCUGAGGUGAAAUCAGAGGAUUUAAUUGGAGCAAAGGAUAACCUGGCUUCUGGAACAGAGGUGAAGAGCAAGACCUUUGAGGUGAUGCAGGAAUGCGAAAGAGCUGGGAAGGUUGCUCCAUCCAUAUUCAGUAAUGUUCGCUCUGGAUCUGAGACUGCCUUUGACAAAUCCAGCAAGAGAAAGUAGCACAGUGGGACCACACAAAUACAACUUCAAAUAAUUGCAGCUGAAAACAAGCAAUGAUAAAUAUUCUCAAGCAUUUUUAUAAUUGAAUACACCAGCUUCACAACAGCACUACACAAUCCUAAUGUUUUACUGAAUGUAAAACCUAAUCAUAAAAGUAUAAACUUUCUGUUUUGAAUCAAA